GCCUAGUGCAAUACAGAUAGGCGCUUCAAAGCAAUAACUUGGUCUUGUUUAUAUAAACAGAAUCACAAAACUGCUUUUUCCAUACAUACCUAAUCAUCAAAUAUAUCGAAAAGCAAUGUCUUCUUCAAGGGUAGACUUAGAGAAGUAUCGAAUUCCACUAGAGGAGAUUAUUCGGGCCACAAGAAACUUCAGCUCAGAAACUCAGAUCGGAGAUGGUGGAUUUGGUAUGAUCUACAAAGGACAACUUUCUGAACACCGGAAAAACCACACAGUAGCCAUCAAACGCUUUAACAGGAAUGGAUAUCAAGGAAACAGCGAGUUCUAUAAGGAACUCAACAUGGUUUCUAGUUUCCACCAUCCAAACAUCAUUCCCUUCAUUGGUUACUGUGAUGAUGCCAAUGAAAAGAUCAUAGUUUAUGAGUAUGCUAUCUAUGGAAGCCUUGAUAGCCAUCUCCAAGACCCAAAUAAGUGGCGUUGCAUAACAUGGACACAAAGAUUAAGGAUUUGCUUAGGAGCAGCAAAAGGGCUCAAGUACCUUCAUUCGGAUAUAGGGAAGAACACAGUAAUUCACGGAGACGUGAAGAGUGCAAAUAUAUUGUUAGAUGAGAUUCUGCAAGCCAAAAUUUCUAAUUUUGGUUUGUCAAGAUUUGGUACAAGAAAUCGGCCACAUACCCAUCUUGUUACAAAGGCUUCGGGUAAGACGUUUUACCUUGAUCCCAUUUACAAUGAAAGAGACGAAGCCUUGAAAGUAUCAGACAUAUACUCAUUUGGAGUGGUACUCUUUGAAAUUUCAAGUGGGAUGCCAGCUUAUCGUGCAAGGUGCUUUGUAGAUGAUAAGGAACAAUAUCUACUGGACCUUGUCCGAAGCUACUAUGAUGAAGAUGAAUCGGGUGUAUUCAAGAAGCUAGUUGAUCCGGUUAUUAAAGAUCGUAUUGAUAUGGAAUCUUUUCAUAUGUUUAACGAUAUUGCACACCGGUGUAUUAACUUGGACUCGAAGAAACGUCCUACGAUGGAUAAGAUCAUCGCCAAGAUUGAGAAAGCGUUAAUUAUUCAAUUGAACCACGGCAGAGACUUAACGGAUACGAUCAACAACAUAGAAGAAGCAUUCCCGGAAGAUGAUGAAAAUAUAUAGUCCACUGCGGAACAAGAUACAGGGAUAAGAAGAAGUAGGGUGUGGAGCAUGGGAAGAUGAACCUGAUAAUGGGCAAUAGGAAAUCAUUUCCUGUUACCAAGAUUGGAAUUACUCUUUAGUGCUUAGUAGUGGGUUAGGUUUAGAUUUGAAUGAUUGCUGCUACUCGCCAGAGAUGAUGAGGAAUAUUAUUUCUUUUCAUGGUUUGUACAAACAAGGCUUUAGAUAUUUAUUUAAUAAUUAAAGUGGUUCUAUAAAUGCUUA